GUCAUGCUUUCUUAUGUUGCAUGAUGGGACUGGAGUACAACAUCACGUCAGAUUCCAAAGUUUUAAACAAAAAAUCGUACAAGCUUGACCAUGGAUUUGAGGAAAGUUCCUGACGAAGAGAAAGUCAACUUAUGCAGAAAAUAUUUCUUAGGAGGAUUUGCUUUGCUGCCAUUUCUCUGGUUUAUCAAUAUAGUGUGGUUCUUUAGGGAGGCAUUCAUCAGACCAACCUUCACUGGACAAUCAAAGCUGAAAUCUUAUGUAAUUAAGUCAGCUGUAGGAUUUCUUAUAUGGUUUGCCGGUUUAACAGCAUGGAUUGUCAUCUAUCAGAAAUAUAGAGCAAGCUGGGGAGAAUUUGGAGACAAGAUUUCAUUUGUCAUACCACUUGGAGAGCCAUAAAUCAGUUCAACAUUGCCAUUUUGUUUACAUUUUUGUACAUCUCCAGUAGUAGGGAAGCUAGAAAUGGACCACUGAAACACAAGUUGAUGCAGAAGUUGUAAAAUAUUACAUAAUUGGACAUUGUAAAUAUUGGCUGCUAUGCCAAAAACUUUUUUAAUUAAAAAUUUAUUGAGUUGUCAA